AUGGGACUUCUUAGUGGCAUGGACUCGCUCUCCAUCCGAGGCGGCUCCAAGGGCUCUCGACGCACCUCCAAUGCCUCCGCUGGAUCCCCGGCGGCCAGAGCCAGAAACGAUAGCGAGACCCAGAUUGAUGACGGUGAUCCCAACGACACCAGUACUCUUGACCAAGAAGAAGGGAACAUUCUCAUGUCCCUCAUCUCGCAAUUGCGUCCUGGUAUGGAUCUCACCAAAAUCGCCCUCCCUACCUUUGUCCUCGAGCCCAGAAGUCUGCUGGAGAGGAUCACCGACUUUUUCUCCCACCCCGAGCUCAUCUUCGGUGCUGCCGAUGAACCCGAAGCCAAGGAGAGGUUCUUGCGGGUGAUGACGUUCUACCUCAGUGGAUGGCACAUCAAGCCCAAGGGUGUGAAGAAGCCGUACAAUCCGGUACUUGGGGAGUUCUUCCGGUGCACGUAUGUGUACCCGGACGGGUCCGAGGGAUUCUACAUUGCUGAGCAAGUGUCCCACCACCCGCCUGUGUCUGCGUUCUUCUACAUCUCCCCAAAGAAUGGCCUUUUGGUGACCGGCGAGCUCAAACCCAAGAGUAAAUUCUUGGGUAACAGCGCGGCGACCAUCAUGGAAGGUGAGGAUCGGAUACGCCUACUGGACCGACCCGAGGACGGCGAGUACGCCAUCAGCAUGCCCAACACCUACGCCCGUGGUAUCCUCUUUGGCAAGAUGCUUCUCGAACUCUGUGAUCUCUCUACCAUCGCAAACCCUACCACCGACUUCCACGCCGACGUCGACUUCAAGGCCAAGGGCUGGAUUUCGGGCGGGUACAAUGUCAUUAGCGGAAAGGUCAAUGGGCCUGGGAGGGCGGAUUCAGGUGAAGUGGGAGGACACUGGAGUUCGGCGAUUGAGUAUACGGAUAAGAAGAGUAAAGAGAAGAGGGUGCUGUUUGACCCGGCCAAAUCGAGGUCUGCGCCGAAACGCGUUUUGCCAGAGUCGGAGCAGGAAGAAUUCGAAUCUAGAAGGCAGGCUUGA